UUCCCAUUCAAAGUUGCAACCCCAAAAAAUAAAAAAAACAGCCCCUUUGAACUUUGAAGCUUUCAAAAAGAAAUAAACUCGAGAUUUUGAAAACAAAGAGGAAGAAAUAGAAAAACCCAAUAAGGAAACAUCGUAGGAGAAUUGGUGUUUUUGGAUUCUUGUUUUUACCCAAUAUAUAUUUACAUGCUUUUUCUCCUUUGAUUUAACUCUUUUUCCUGAUAUGUAUAAUUUCUGGGAUUUUUUAUUUUCUAAACCGCCUUUGGAUUAAUCCCACAUCGGAAGUGAUUGGUUUUGAGUAAUUGAGGGUUAAAGUGGUGGCUUUGGCCUUUGGGUGCUUUAAAGGCGACUUUUUCAUAAAUCUAGAUUGAGGGUAUUGAAGCUUUUUAUCGUAUGGAUCUCAUGGGAGAAGUAUUUUAUAGCUGAAUUUUUUUUUUUUUUUUAUCUUUGGAUGUAUCUUGUUUCUGUUGAAGGAAAGGAUCGGCUUGUGAACCUGUCUGGCUUUGAUUUGGAUGUUCUCAGGCCAUUGAAACUCCUACUACCCUUUGAAAAGAAAUCGUUUUCGUUUUGUAUCCCAAGAGAUAGAUGGGAUAGAGAGUUCUUCAAGCUUCAAGGUGGGUAAUUUGGAAUUUGACAGAUUCGUUGAAUUGAGGAAGAUAUUGGUGAUAUUAUUUGGUUUGAGACAUUGGGUUUGGAUUGUUUGGAGAUGGGUUCUCCUCAAGGCUCCACAUUGACAACAAAUAUGGCGGGGCUUGUUGAUGGUUCAAGUGCACGGGCUGAGGUUUCCUUCAUUGAUUCUUUGCCUGUUUAUGUCAAAGAGCUAAUAGCUGGUGGUGCUGCUGGAGCUUUUGCUAAAACUACCAUUGCACCUUUAGAACGGAUUAAAAUACUCUUGCAGACAAGGACUGAUGGUUUCCAAUCUCUUGGGGUGUAUCAAUCCUUAAGGAAGGUACUAAAGCAUGAAGGUGUUAUGGGGUUUUAUAAAGGAAACGGAGCCAGUGUUAUUCGGAUCAUUCCUUAUGCAGCCUUGCAUUUCAUGACUUAUGAGCAGUACCGAGGUUGGAUGUUAGAUAACUAUUCUUUCUUGGGAUCAGGACCUGUUGUAGAUCUUUUAGCUGGUUCUGCUUCUGGAGGAACGGCAGUGUUGUGCACUUAUCCCUUGGACUUGGCUCGUGCUAAACUUGCCUAUCAGGUUGGUGACACUAGAUCUAAAUUCGGUUCUGGUAUGAAAAGUUUAUAUCCUCGACCUGCAUAUAGUGGCGUAACAGAUGUACUGACACGUGUUUACAGGGAUGGGGGAAUUCGUGGAUUAUAUCGAGGUGUAGGUCCAACACUGGCUGGGAUCCUCCCUUACGCUGGUUUAAAGUUCUACAUCUAUGAGGAAAUAAAGACACGUGUUCCGGAAGAGCACCGAAAGUCCAUUGUGAUGAAUCUUUCUUGUGGAGCAGUGGCUGGAUUACUUGGGCAGACUUUCACGUACCCAUUAGAUGUUGUAAGGAGACAGAUGCAGGUUGGAACUCUUCAGUGUUCAACAAUUCAAGGCGAUGCAAGAUAUGGGAACACAUACGAAGGGCUUACUAGUAUUGUCCGUAAUCAAGGAUGGAGACAAUUGUUUGCAGGCUUGAGCAUAAAUUACAUUAAGAUUGUUCCUUCAGUGGCAGUUGGAUUCGCGGCAUAUGACAUGAUGAAGGUUUGGCUUCGGAUUCCACCCCGACAGAAACUACAGGCAGAAUCAUCUGGAUAAACAGAGAUGGAUUUGCAAUGGGUUGCAACCAAAAUCCGAAAGAACUUGGUGGUAGCAUUAUAUGAACUAAGAAAAGUUUAGCAACCAAAAACUAGUUUCCUCAACUCAUUGUGAUUCUUUUUUUCUAUUGUGAUUGUUAUGUUUUAUUGUGGGAUGCAUAUAAAAUACCUUGUUUCUCAAAAAAAUACAUGCUUGGAUUUUCAUUA